CGGUGUUUUGUGAUUGUUUGCUUGUCCGUCUCUCCUACUGCAAUGAGGCGUUCAAAAGCUGCCAAUGACAACAACAACGCGACAAAUGAACAGCAGCAGCAGCAGCAGCAGCAACAGCAACAGCAGAAAAAACAACAGAAAGUGCGGGUUUUUUUGCUAUUUUUUUAAUUAAUUUUAAGUGUUGCCGUAUUUUGUUCCGUUCCCCUUCUCAACGGACGGAAGAACGAGAGAAAGAGACGACUGCUCUACGGAAAUCGGCAAUUUAAUUUACAAUACAACAUUAGUACCGACAUAAAAGAGGAUAAGGGCGCUGCGCGCAGGAGGACCCGAAAAAUGUUUGCUGGAAUACGAAAACGCCUGGCACGCAAGCAGAACGAGAAGGACUGCGAUGAGGAUGACAAGGACGAUGUGCACGACAUUAUGCCGCCCACCAAUUUCAUACAAAUCUCGCAAGGCAGAAUCCAAUUGGUGCAUCAGCCGCCCCGUACGCCGGACCCCUCCGACACGGGCACACUCUCCCUGGAGCGGAUCAAUGGCGGAGGUAGCCUCGGCUCUGGCGGCUGUGAUAAGGAUUUGUUGGAGAAGCGGAUGAUUGAAGUGGAAGGCGCUCUGCUGCGUUUGCAGGAGGAGUUCCAUAAAAGCCAAUGCGGGUCGCCAACGUUUGAGAAGGAAUUGCGCGAGCAAAUUGAGAACAUGAAUCGCAUUAUGAAAUCCAAAGAGCGCAAACAAAUGCAGACAUGUCGGGAUCACAAGGCACUGCAGACGCGCUUCGCCCGCCAGGAGAGUAUGCUGCACUCCAUGCAGCAGGAGAACCGAUCGCUGCUCACCCGCAUUCGACAGUACGAGCACUGUCUGGACGACGUGAUGCGCAAGGUGGUGGACGCCAUUGUGGCCGAGGACAAUCUGCGCGAGGAGGUGAGCAUGCUGAAGAGCCGUGUGCGGGAUCUGGAGGCGCAGAACGCAGCGCUGUCCGCCAGUCCGGUGAAGGGACGGGACGAGGGCUACUGCACAAUGAGCAGUGGCCAGCCGCAGCCGUCGAACGGCCACCUGGAGGACCUGCCCGAGGAGCCCGAGCAGUGGCUGCUGCCGGCAGAGCCCUGUUCGACGGAAAUGGAGGACUGGAGCAUGUCGCAGGAAGAGCUGGCUGUGAUGACAUUCGACGACGAGCGGGAGCACCACCAGCAGCAUCAACGAAGGAAGCGCGACCACGACUGGCUCUGGCCCUCGAGUGACUUCAUCAACUCGACCACCGUCGAGACGGAUUCCGUUGGCGAUGGCAUUGCUCAGCUGCUGCAGCAAAAGAUUGUCUACUCGGAGGAUGAGGAGGUGGCCUGCACGGAUUUCACCAACGACUUCUACAAGCUGGUCAACAUCCGUUCCAACUCGUCGCGCAGCCUCUACUCCUACCUCGAGGGCGUUACGGACGACGAGGAUGAGGAUGACGACGAUGAGGCAGACUCGAGCAUGUCCGAGAGCCAAGCGGCACACACGGCCCGGGCCGCCGCCAGUCCCACGCCCAGCGAGGCAGGACGCGCCCAGCUGACCAGCUGCUCCUCCAGCGAAACGGACGAAAAUUCGAUCAGCCACCCACCGCCGCCGCUGCCAACGGAGUCGCAUCAGGAGAAGGAGGAAGAGCCUGAUUAUGCGGUCAUUGACGAGUGCCGGCGCCGCGUCAGCGACAUCGAGAUCGAGGACGUACCGCUGAUCAUGAGCGCCACGCCCUUGCAGCCCCUCAAUGAGCAGCAAUGCAUAGCGCAGAUCAUCAAGAGCGAGCUGCGGCGACCGCCCCAUGUGCUGGUCAAGUCCAAGUCGGUGCUGGAGGAGCAGGAGCCAAGCUGCAUUCUGCGCCACAAUCAGCGCCGCGAGCUGGAGUCCACCGUGGUGCGCAGCGACAGCAUCAGCUGUGCGCUGAUGGCUAAAAUGGCAAAAGACGCAACGCCUCCGUCACCGGCGAUUGUGUCCAAGCUGAAGGAGCGAAUGCUGAACCGACAAUUCUCCGCGCCGGCAACUUCGAGCCCCUGGCGCAGGAGCAACGGCUGGAAGCGGGUGACAUCCCCGGUGCAGAUACCAGCGGCUGCAUCCCCAAAGAAGAAGCAAGCCAAGUCAACGGAGCUGCCAAAGAGCUGCCUGCCCAAGGCGGUGCCCACCAGAAUUCCAACGAGCAUCAAUUCAUCGACGUCAUCCACCUCGUCAGUGUCCUCAUCCUCGCCCUCGCCUUCCUCUCCAUCGCCACAGUCGCCCCAACAACAACAGCAGCAGCAGCCAAGAUCCUCAGGACAGCAGCAGCGCAAGUCGAAAAUUCCACCGCCAGUUCCUGUGCGGCGAUCCUAUGCGAGCUAAGUGGCGGAAUGCCGCAGUAAAAUCUCAAAUGAAUAAUCGUCAAGCAAACAAAUAUUCAAAGAUUAAAAAGACUAAAUUGUGAUAUAUUCAAACAAACAAAAACAAACAAAAAACAAAACACAGAGGAAGAUUGGAAGUGUGAAAGUGUGUGGAGCAGCCAGCAGCCAGCGAGUUUUGUAUGUAAGAAUACGAGUAUUUAUGUAUUGUAUAUUGUAGAUUUUUGGAAAAUGUUUUACUUUGUAAGCGGCGGCAGCACUGCCAACUGUUCCCUUACUACCCAAUUAGAGGCCCACACCCACACUAGGAGAUGCCCAGGGCUCGCCCUGCUCUAUGUCUAUGUAUUUUGUAGAGCAUCGCGGUUGCAGGCCCAGAAUCGGGCUAUAAGUUGCACUAACUAUUAUACAUCACACAGCGUACGUACAUACGUACAUACAUAUGUAUUUAUGUAUUUGUAUGGCGUACAGGAAGAGGAGUGUAGGAUCUUUGUCGCUGGCAAAGAGCAAUUCAAACUACUAUCAUACAACUAUUAGAUGAACUAAAACCGUAGUCUUCCGCACAAAUCGAGUGUAUUCGCAGUAGGCAUUUGUAGAAUCUGGUUAUCACACAACACCAACAGUUGGAAAUUUGCAUUUAAGGGUGAAAUAUAUAUGUGUGAAAUUGCAGUAUAAAAUGCAUUUAAUUACGAUAUAUACUAUAUACAAGCGUAUGGUUUCUAGGCGAACAUAAAACGACAGCAGUAACAAUAAACCUGUAUAUAACAGACCACAAAAGUCGAUUCAAACCCCCUCUUCUAUACGUAUAGUAGUUAGCGUUAGCUCUGCUCUGCUCCUCAGGCUGCUGCCAUCGACUAAAUAAUAAUAAUAAUAAUCGCAGCAGCCCGCAUCCUAAGUAUAAAUACGUAUAGAUAGAUAUACACAUACCCAUAUAGAGAACUCUAUACAUAGUACUAUGCUCGGCAGAUCAGAGAAGUUAUUGUAUCACAUUAAGCUCGUAUAAACAUUAUAAAUGUAUUUUCUUAGCGUAGCAAGUACAAAAAUAAACAAAAAAGAAGUUACAAAAUAUAAAUUAUUGA